GAGUAGAUCCUCUGGAUUGAGAAAUAUUUGAUUCCAGUCCGGUUUUGAGGAGAUGGGGAAGAUUGAUGUGGGAAUUGCAGACUUAGCCGCGGAUGGGGCAGAAGGUGCCUGAUGGGCAGGAGAAGAAUACAACGAUGGAAAUUGAAAUUCAGGCUGACCUGCUCAAAGAAGCCACGGAGAGCAUAGAGGCAGCAAAGAAUUAUAAAGAUGAGUUGGAACAACGAUUACAGGGCCUGAGUCAGGCCAGGAAACAGAUCAAUGGAAGUGCGGUGCAGGCUCGCAGUUCCCUGCAACACCACUUCAGGGAACUGAAAGAAACGGUGAUCAGGUUGCUGGACGAGCGGUCAGCUUCCUUGCUGCAGGAGGUGAACAAGAUGGAAGAGGAAAGCAUCAGGCCACUGGACGACUGUCAGAAGUUAAUCGAGCAUGGGGUGAACACGGCAGAGGAGCUGCUACGGGAAGGAGAGAUCGCCGUUCUCGGUGGCACAGCAGAGGAGAAGCUCGGAAACUUCACCAAGAAAGCUCUGCAAAUCCAGCUCGACAGUUUGCCUGAAGUCCCUUCGCUGGUGGAAGUGGCCUGUCUAUCGAUACAGUUGGACAACAGUUUCCUUGGUUUUGUGAAGGAGCGGAUCGCCACGCACGCAGCCGUAGCCUCGCGGGCUCCCGUCCAGAUCGAGGAGCUGACCGAGCGGCCCGGAGGGAUCCUUGUGCGAUGGUGCAAGGACGACGAUGACUUUGUGCCUCAGGAGUAUCGCUUGCAGCUCUGCAAGAACAGCGCCGGCCACUUCGAGGAUGCCUACUCCGGAGCCGACACCGAGUUUGUCGUAUUACACGUCGACCCCAACGUCUGCUACAACUUCCGUGUGUGUGCCCGUGGCGAGGGCCGCAGGGAGUGGAGCCCCUGGAGUGUGCCGCAGGCUGCCAUCACCACACUGAGUGCCCACGAGUGGAUCACCGGCUGCGAAGGAUUCAGCCUCAGUAGUCGCAGGGACAUGGCACUCAGGAACAACUCUCCCACCUGUGGUGUGUUGUACUCCAAGGAACCCACCUACACCAGUGGACAAACCCUCACCUUUCGGAUGGAGGCAGCGGGAAUGCCGGACAAACGGGACAGUAUCGGAGUGUGCGUCGAGGCGCAGAACGGGUGUGACUCCCUGCAGCGGGACAAGGCCGUUUGCAUCAGCCCCAACGGGGCCGUGUUUGUAGAUGGCAAAGAAAUGACCAACCAACUACCGUGUGUUUCGACUGGCUCCUCCGUUACCUUCGACAUGGAUGUGGUUAACUUUGGCUCAACCUUCAACGAUGCCUCUUGUUUCAAACUUCGAGUGAUCAUUAGCUCGGGAAAUCGGGAGGUGGUGUUUGACUGGCUGCUCGACCAGCCCUGUGAAGCUCUGUACUUUGGUUGCUCCUUUGUCUAUCCUGGUUGGAAAGUGCUGGUAUUUUAAAGGGCUAGGGCACGUCAUCAUUUGUAUGUGUCCGUCAGCACUUGGGGGCUGGAUACUCAACCAGAGCAAGAACUUGGGAGUCUCUCAGUAAAGAACAGCCCUCCUAUUCUAGCAGUGACCUCCAGUUGGAAAAGCCUGGAGCCAUUGAAUGUUCAUUUUGUGGAUGAAGGGAAAGAAGCAAUUUUGACAUCUUUCCAAGCUUUUAAAAAAAAAAAUAUAUAUAUAUAGUAAGCUAAGUGAAAGUGCCUUAAUUUUUAUCGUGAAAAUGAUAAUGAAAGUUUUAUAUUUAAACAAGUUUUCCAGGUGGAUACUGGACUCCGCGGAAUGUUGUAUUAUGUCUGAAAUGUGCGUUUAUUCAGCAAAAAUGAAUUUUUGCAGUUUUAAAAAAAAUGUGUGGCUGUGGACUGUUGCCAAGGUAACAUUUGUAUUUUAAACGUUAUCAGCACCAGCCUGAAGAGUGGUUCCUAGCCCGCACUGUCCUCCACAUUGUCAAUUAGCCAAGGAUGAUUUGAAUCGAGAGAAGCUUCAGUAUCUGAAUUGCUCCCCAGUCCAUUAGACUGUUGUCUAGCAUUUGAUGUAAUGGAUUGUCAGUAUGUCGUCUGCUGCCCAGCUAGGAAACAGGCUCAGCUAGAUUCUUAACACGAUCAGUACAAAUGUGAACUGUUUUACAGCCACCCUUACCAAGUUUAUUGGUAACUUUUAUAUCUUUCUUAAAGCCUGAUCCUAAUCCUCAACCUCUUCUCCAUAUGGUAAGUGCAAUUUGAGUGUAUUUUAAAGAUUUUUAAAAAAGCAUUUAUUAUUUU